AUGACGGGGACGAAACCCUCCGGACAGGGAAACGUACGAAACCCUCUGGACGAGGAAACGUACUUUUGGAGCAAUCUUGUUCUAAGCCAAUCAAGUGGUGACACCAGCUACUUGAGGAGGAUAAAGAUGUCUAAACCAGUAAGGAGGAGACACCAAGCUACUCAGAUGGAGCCAAAACCGUUCAGCCAAUCAUGCAAAGACAUUGAGCUGUUGGAAUGGGAUGAAAUUGUGUUGGACCAAUCAAAUGGACGAAUCAAAUGGAGAUACCCAGCAGCUUUCAAAACGGACCAAUCAGGUCUUGAGGAAGGAACAAUAGGAAGGAGCCACUCAUUCCAUGAAGAUAGGAUCAAGGAGGAGAUGCUCAUCUUCAAUGGACCAAUCACGUUCAGCUACCCAACAGCUUGGAGAAUGGACCAAUGGGAAGGUGCCAUUCGAUCCAAGUGGAUGGGGAUGGGAGAAGCAGCUGCAGGCGUGCCUCAACGCCAUUGGUUGCAUGCAGGGAGAGCCUUCAUUUCAACUCACACCACAAACAAGAAAGAAAAGAGAGAUAAAGUAGAGAGAGAAAGGAGAGAACGCCCAAGAGAGAAAGAAGAAGAAGAAGAAGAGGAAGAAGAAGAAGAAGAACAAGGUGGAGAAGAAGAAGAGAAGAUCCAGAGGCGGAUCGGGUUCGGGCUAGAGCGGGGUAGGCUAGGAACGGGGUCAGCCGGGUCGUCUAAAAUCUGUAACCUUCGGGGAAGGUUAUGCUGGCAGAUCUCUUUUGUGUGUAAGAUUGUGAUGGGUAACCUUCGGGGAAGGUUAUGCCGUCAGAUCUUGUUUCAUGGCUAUGCCGCUAAACCUCGAGUGCAUGCUAACAUGGUGGUGCGUAAGGCCCAUAUGUUGAGUAUGACUCCGAUGUGGAAAGAUCACGGACGGCUGAGCCGCCAGAUCUUUCGAGGUUCGUGUGGGUACUCUUCCGAGGCAAGGGAAGCUCUGCCGCAGAACCGAGGGUGUAGUCAAGCGCAUUCUCGCACGUCAGAGCCCAACCGGAUUGGCAGCGUGGAGGCUGUGCAUGAAGGGAGGAAGACUCGGAGGAUAACCUGGUCAGCUGCCUUGGCCGAGUAUGGUACCAUAUGA